CCGGCACGUGCGGGCGCCGCCGUUGCGCCUGGCUCGCGCCGCCGCCCCGGGCCGGCCGGUCGGGGGUGGUGAUGGCGGGCGGCGGCGCCGGCCCGCCGCGUCCCCGCUCCUACGAGGAGUACCUGCAGGAGCAGGUGGCGGCGCGGGACCUGCGCUACCUGGAGAGUGAGGCGGUGGCACGGCAGCUGGUGGAGCUGGGAUUCCGUGGCUCAGGGAACGUGCUGCGGCGGGAGGAGUUUGAGGCCCAGGUGGCAGCAGCGGCAGUGGCAGCCCCCCAGAAGUCACUAGCAAGUGUCGGAAAAGAACUGAAAGACAACUUUUUGCGGGCCCUGGCAGAGAGAGAGGAAGCCAAUCUUACUGGAAAAAUUUCUUCCAUAAUCUUCAUUCGUGACCGAAAUUCUCGUCACCAGGAGGUGUCUGCGUACAUCGACUAUGCCCACAGGCUGACAACAGAUGAUUUUGAAGUCUACUUCAGUGGGAAGAAAAGGCUUUUCCCUCGGAACACUGAUCUGAGCUUUUACAACUGGGAUAGAAAUGUCAGCACUUCACAUUCCAGCCCAAAUUACCAAGUGAUUGCAGAAAAUGCCUGUGGACUGCUCUUCAAGAACAAAAGUGAUAGGAAAACAAUAAAUGUGGAUCCCAAGGCCUACCCAGGAGACGACACCACACGGACGCCUGUUGAAACACAUCUCUAUCUCCACGUCGUUAUCUAUGACCACAUCGUCAGAAGAGGGACCUAAGACUCUUUUUCAGGUAGGCUUGGACCUCUCUUGAGCAGCUAACACCGUCUAAUACGGACCAAGCCACUCACAAGGUCGCGGGGAGAAGUUGUACCAAAUAGACAGG